UGUGGGUGUUACAUGUGCUGGGCAAGAGCCUCUCACCAAGUUGGCCAUGGCAGCACCACCUUCCCACCCGUACCAGGCGCUCGACAUUGACGAAAGGGUGAAGAGAGUGUUGCUCAAGACCCCGCUCAUCGAUGGCCACAAUGACUUGCCGCAGCAACCCAGAGCCUGUUUUCAUGGCAAGAUACACGACAACCCAAAGUUUGACCUCGAGAAGGGUUUCGAGCGGGGGAUGACGGACAUCCCGCGCCUGAAGCAAGGAGCUGUCGGCGGUCAAUUCUGGUCAAUAUGCGUCCCCUGCCUUCGGUCUGCCGAGAACUUCUCCACGGCCGAGUACUCGGACAUGGCCCGUGAUGCAAUUGAGCAGAUUGACCUCACGUUGCGUCUUGUCGAGUCAUACCCACAGACUUUUCAGCUUGUCAACGGACCAGACGAUGUCAAGGCGAUCUACGCCUCAGGGAGGAUCGCAUGCUCAAUUGGCAUCGAAGGACUCCAUAUGGCCGGUAACAGUAUUGGUAUAAUCCGGGCCUUCUACCGUCUUGGCGUGCGAUACUGCACGUUAACACAUGUUUGCAAUAAUGCCUUCGCGGACAGCUCGACAUCCAAGGUUGGCGCCGUGCACGGCGGGCUGUCAAAACUGGGCCGUGCGGCAAUCAAAGAGAUGAAUCGCAUCGGAAUGAUUGUCGACCUCUCUCACGUCUCACAUGAGUGCGCUCGGCAGGUUCUCGAGCUGACCCGUGCGCCCGUCAUGUUCUCGCAUUCCAAUGCCAGGGGCGUGUUCGACUGCGCGCGAAACGUGGCCGACGAGAUCCUAGACAUGGUCCCCGCCAACGGUGGUAUCGUCAUGGUCACCUUUGUGCCGGAACACGUGGCGCACCGCCGCCACGAGGCCAAGAUGGAGAUGGUCAUCGAUCACCUCGUCUACGUCGCGGGCCGGAUCGGCUGGGACCACGUGGGGCUCGGGUCCGACUUUGACGGCAUUGCGUCCGUGAUCCCGGGGCUCGAGGACGUGACCUGUUACCCUCGCCUGCUGGCGGCGAUUCUUGACAGGGGCGCAACAGAGGAGCAGCUUGCCAAGGUGGUCGGAGAGAAUAUCCUCCGUGUGUGGCGAGGAGUGGAAAAAACCCGGGACCAGAUGAAGGAGGAGGGUGUCCUGCCUGUUGAAGAUGUUUGGGAGGACAGAACGUGGUGGAGGUAUGACGGGUACUAUCAGAUGCCCGACCCGGAUCCGGAGGACAAGCUGGGUUUGGAUUGGUAUGGAGUACCGCCUCCCGAUGAAGGACUGUACCAUGAACAAGGGAAGGAAAAUCUCGCAGAGUAAUCCGUAGGGCCAGACCUGUGCGACAACGUGUGGUUGGCAAUGGAAAAGAAAGAGGUACGAUGGGACCUCUCAAGAGAGUCUCUCCCUACACCGUGCACCAUUUCACCUUUCCCAUUGACCAGUCUAGCUGAGUAUGUCGCAAUCACUUGGUCCCGAUGUGACAAAAAUUGACCAACCACUUGCCAAU